UGCUCAUACACAUUUAAAUCAGCUCACGGUCAGCAUCAAAAAAUAUUGAAAAAAUCUUCCGUUGACAUGGUUAAAUAUUUAAUAGACUCAGAACUAGAGCUUUACUUAAUUCCAGACAUUUGUGUACCUGCGUUUUAGUUUAUUAAUAUUUUACAAACAUGUUUUUGUGAGUGUGCUGAAAAACCGAAAUUUUACUGAGCAAAUUGGAAAUAAUUUGAUUUUUAGCAUAAAAAUGAGUUAUCUCUCCUUGCCGCGCGCUCUGUCCUAUCUUAAUAAUCCGACAGACAAAAGUGCAAAGUUCUUGAGUUUAAACCGUACGGCUGGUCACGAAAGACACCAGGUGAAAAAAGUGGCAUCGACACUUUCGUUAAACGAAACAGCAGAACGCCGAAAACGUAUUUUAAAUAGAAAUGGCAGCAUAUCUAGUCACCAUUUUCGAGGUGUUCAUAAGCAUUUACUCGAAUCUCACGCCAAGUCAGUUUGCCAUUCAAUGACUACUGAGGACCUGUAUGAGGAAAUUCUUUUUGAAAUUUACAAUAACAUUGGUUGCGAAACCGAUGAGAUCUGUAUAAGCGACCUCGUUGAAUUUGCUCAAGAAGUGUUUAAAAUAUCUAACUCAACUCAUGGGGAAGUAUCCGAAAUAGCAAAGAAAAAAGAACCUCCAAAUUUAAGGUUAAAUAUUGAGGUUAUAAAAGCUGAAAAUUUACUUUCCAAAGAUCCCAAUGGCUUGUCUGAUCCAUUUGUUACACUGUAUUUAGAAUCAAAUGGCUCUCAUCGUUACAAUUCAUCUGUAAAGACGGCUACUUUAAACCCCAUAUGGGAAGAACAUUUUUCAUUACCAAUUGCGGAAAGUCCACGAGAUGAGGUCUUAAUAAUUGAGGUUUGGGACUUUGAUGCUGCAGAGACUGUAAAAGAAAAGGUUAACAAACUUUUGGAUGUUAAGGGUGUCAAGGGCUUAAGUAAACUUAUGAAAGAGAUUGCUGUUACAGCUUCUUCCGGGAAACAUGAUAAUGAAUUAAUCGGCAGGGCUUCGAUUACACUCAAGUCUAUUCCAGUUUCUGGACUAACAGUUUGGUAUAAUCUGGAGAAAGGCAACAAAACCAGAAGUCGAGGCUCUGUUCUAGUGAAUAUUGCGCUUAGUGCCGAAAAGAACAAAAAUGUGGCAUGCCAGGAGCAUAAGCAUCUUUUAAAAUUAUUGCUCCUAAAUGAACUCGAUUCAUCCCAAGUGGCCAACUAUUGGUGGAGUGGAAAAUUCAGCUCGAAGGCUGAGGCUAUAAGAACCCAGCAUGCCAUGCAGAGUGGACUUUCUGCCUUUGAUUGCGCACUUAGUCAAUGGCAUGCCUAUAGCACAGUUCAUGAGACCCACAAGCUUAACUUUGUACUUUUCAAUUCUAUACUUGAUAUUUUGUUGCCAGUGAUUAAUUGCCUGCAGACUGAUUCUGAAGACGUGAAAACCUUUUGGGAUGGAGUGAAGCGAUUGUUGCCGUCUUGCUUCUCGGUUCUAAGAAAACUACGUUCAAGAAACGUCAGUGAUAAAAAUAUAGUCAGAACACUCAGUGAAGUGCUGGACAUUCUUGCCAAGUUGAAAACUUUUGAAAUCCCGGCCCAAAAUUAUCUGUUUCCCGAAACAGUCUACGGGUGGAUAGAACUAGGCGAAUCCGUUAAACCGUACACAAUUAAUACCGUUAUAGUUAAUGCCAUAAAUAGUGGUGCUAAAGAAUGGUUGGAGCAUAUUAUCGAUUGCAGUAAACAGUCAAGAGACGAAGAAACUGACGAAAGUAAACUACAGUAUCUUAUAAAAUUAAUACAAAUGGUUCGAUCUGAUCUCCAGCGAGCAAUGGAGUAUUUCGACAAAUUGUUUUACCACAAAAUACGAAUGAAUUUUUCCAGCAUAUUAUAUCAGUUUUACGAUUUAAAACUUGAGGAAAUCUGCAAAUCAAAUGUAUUAAGUGUGUGUUCAAACAUUAAAAUGUUAGAUGUACCCGAUGAUCAGUUUGAGUAUUUACCGAAUAUUGACAAUGUAAUUAUGGGGACCACGUUAUUUGAGGUAUAUUUGGUUAUAAAGCGGUACACAUCACUCGGUCUAUCACUCUGUCCCAAUGACAAUCUAAAGAUGUCAUAUUUCUAUCAAUGGUUUGAGAGAGGUGUUACACAUUGGCUUGAUAUAUCAAUAAUCAAGGCACUAAAUCGUAUUCAAAAAGCAAUUGAUUUAGAUCAGCUUCACGCUGUUGAUGAAACUGUUAAAUAUAGCUCAUCAGCCGUCGACACUUUGGCUAUUUUUUAUCAAAUUAAAAUAUUUUGGCAACAGCUGGAUUGGCCUGAAAUCGAAGUUUCAUAUACAUAUGUAGCUAAAAUUGUCAAUGAUAUAUGUCGCUGCUGUGUUUUCUAUGCACAGCGCAUGUCACGCAGGGUAGAAAACAUAUCUGCAAUAGGAGGAGACGGUGAAAUAUUUACUUUGUCGGAAGAAUGGUGCUUGGCUAUCAAUAAUAUGGAUUAUAUUCGUCAAAGCUUACCAUCAUUCAUAAAGGAGCUAGGCACAGACAGUGUAAUCUCUCGUAUUGGAGAGUAUAGGACAAACCUUGAAGCCGACCGAUGCGCCAACACAAUCAAAGCUGUAAUUGAUAAUGCGCUUGAUACACAACGAAAUCAGAUUGUUGAACUAAUUGAGGUUGUAGGUCAUAAAAUGUCACCACCAAUUCGCCGCUUUUUAGCAGAAGGUGCCGAAGUGCUCCAUAAAGACUCAAACUCAAUGGAUAGAUUAAUGAUGUAUUUGGAGCGAUCGUUAGCUACUCUUUAUGAUACUCUGAAUGAAAUCAACUUUAGCAGAAUUUUAGAGUGCAUUUGGGGGCAGAUAUCAGUAAUAAUGUAUGACCUCAUUCAAUCAAAUCUCAAUAAACGACGUCCUCCAGCGUUCUUUCAAAAUUUGAGGGAAACGCUUCGUACUAUGAUAUCAUGCUUUAAGAUCGGUAAUUCUGAAUCAUCGGAUGUAAAGAUUUUAUCUGAAAUUGAAAGCACACUGGACCUACAUGCGCUCGAAACCUCCGAUCUUAUUCAUCAAUAUUAUAUCGACCGAUUUAGAUAUCAAACACAGCAAACAUCAUCACCGUAUGGGCAACUUACUAUAAGUGCUCAAUUUACAGAUUUCGGACUAUUGCUUAAAAUACUGAACGCACGGAAUUUGGUUUCAAUGGAUACAAAUGGAACGUGCGAUUCCUUUGUAAAAGUACAUAUAAUGCCGAUAAGUCGAUUUAUUGGCUUCACGCCAGUUAAAACUGCCGUACACAAUAAGAAUUGUUUUCCCUUGUAUGAUGAAGAGUUUUCAAUUAAUUUAACACCAGAGCAACGCGAAUUACCUGAUUGUCUGAUAUUAUUCAGUAUAAAGGACAAGGAUUUAUUUGGAAUGUCAAGUCAAUAUAUUGCUGAAUGUUAUAUGACAUUUGAGUUUCUCAAAAAUACAGCAGGCGAGCAAAUUCUUAUGAACCUAUGCAGACCAGAGUACACAGAUUGUGUGGCGCUACGUGCCUUAGAAUAUAGACAAGGCGAUAAGCAGGCUAAGGAGUUUUUGAAAAAAUUAAAGAACAAAUCAUAUUCUUAACUUUUUAUUUUUAAAAUAUCUAAUCGAUUAUAUUUUGCAUUCAUGUUUGUAACAGAGAAUUGUAUUACUAACUGUUUCUCUAAGAAUCAAUUGAACUCAUUAUAAAACCUCUGUUACUAUGACUGAUAUACGUACUUAUAAAAUUACAGAAUAAUAAUGUGUCGCCUUCUUUAAAGGGCAAUAACAUAAUUAUUACCAGAAAAUGUUUAUAUUAAAGA